CCGGAAGUGAGAUUGCCAGGGUGACGUUAGACUGUGAAGCUAAGGGUUAGCCGAGUUAAUACCAACAAACCCCGAUAGUAUAUAGCUAAGGAGGGGCUCGCACCAUCUGAGAUAAGGAAGCUCCAUUAUGAUGGUCCCCAUCUUCACACUGAAGCUGAACCACAAGAUUAACCCCCGCAUGGUGUCUGUUGGGAAGUUUGAUGGAGUGCACCCAUGUCUUACAGCAGCCACACAAGCUGGAAAGGUUUUUAUCCACAACCCUCAUGAUCGCGGUCAGAGACCUGCGACCCAUCGACUGAGCAAGAGCACCCAUGACUCUGACAUUUCCCUGCUCAACAUCAACCAGGCCGUGACAUGUUUGACGGCAGGGACACUUGGACCAAACACCACUGGAGACACGCUCCUUGUAGGAUCUCAGACUAACCUGUUGGCCUAUGAUGUUCAUGACAAUACUGAUGUAUUUUACAGAGAUGUGACAGAUGGGGCAAAUGCUAUUGUGUUGGGAAAGCUAGGAGACAUCUCCUCCCCUCUUGCCAUUAUCGGAGGGAAUUGUGCAUUGCAAGGUUUUGACUAUGAAGGGAACGACCACUUUUGGACGGUAACCGGCGAUAACGUGAGGUCUCUGGUACUGUGCGACUUCACUGGAGAUGGAAAAAAUGAGCUUCUUGUUGGGUCUGAGGACUUUGACAUCAGGGUUUUCAAAGAGGAUCAGCUUGUGUCGGAGAUGAGUGAAAAUGAGACGGUGACAUCAUUGUGUCAUAUGCAUGGAAGUAGGUUUGGCUACGCUCUGGCUAAUGGCACUGUUGGAGUUUAUGAUCGCACAGCCCGUUACUGGAGGAUAAAGUCUAAGAACCAUGCAAUGAGCAUCCAUGCCUUUGACCUGAAUGCUGAUGGAGUUGUGGAGCUCAUCACUGGCUGGUCCAAUGGAAAGAUUGAUGCAAGAAGCGACCGCACAGGAGAGGUCAUCUUUAAAGACAAUUUUUCCUCAUCUGUAGCUGCAGUGGUGGAGGGAGACUACAGGUUAGAUGGACAAAAGCAACUCAUCUGCACCUCCAUAGAAGGAGAAGUUCGGGGUUACCUGCCAGCUAGUAAGGAUUUUAAAGGUAAUCUGAUGGACUCCAACACUGAACAGGAUCUCAUUCGGGAGCUCAGCCAGCGCAGACAGAACCUGCUGCUUGAGCUACGCAACUAUGAAGAAAAUGCCAAGGGUGUGUCGCAGGCAAACAGCACAAUGGGUGUAAUACCAGCCAACACUCAGCUGCAGACCGCGCUGUCCGUCAGAGCUGCUACGGAGGCCCAGAGGGCUCACGUAGAGCUCAGCAUCUCCACUCCAAAUGAAACUAUCAUUCGUGCAGUUCUCAUCUUUGCUGAGGGAAUAUUUGAGGGUGAGAGUCAUGUUGUACAUCCAAGUGUCCAGAAUCUGUCAGGCUGUGUCCAAGUCCCCAUUGUCCCUCCAAAAGACAUACCAGUUGAUCUGCACAUUAAAGCCUUUGUCGGAGGGAGGACCAGCACUCAGUUCCACGUGUUUGAAAUCACUCGCCAGCUGCCUCGUUUCUCAAUGUAUGAGAUCAUAGAGGAUUCAUCUGCUGCCCCUCCUGCUGGAAUAGUUUCCUUCAGCAUCAACGAGCGACCGCAGAGGGUGGUAAUGUGGCUCAAUCAGAACUUCCUGCUUCCAGAGGUGGUAGAGAGUCCUAAUGUUACGUUUAAUUCCCUCCGUGGAGGAGGAUUCAUGUCCUUUCAUAUGGCCAGUAAUGGACAGAUCACGCUGAGGACAGAUGAUAUCGAUCUAGCAGGGGAUCUGGUCCAGUCCCUAACAUCCUUCUUGGCAAUAGAGGACCUUUCAGUGGAAGCAGACUUCCCCUCAUACUUCGAGGAGCUUCGCACAACACUCACAGAGGUGGACGAAUUUCACUCUGUGCAUCAGAAGUUAACAGCUGAUAUGGCUGACCACUCCAACUAUAUCAGAAACAUGCUGGUCCAGGCAGAGGAUGCUCGCCUCAUGGCUGACAUGGUGACGACUAAGAAGCGUUACAGGGAGCUGUAUGACCUGAACAGGGAUCUCAUCAAUGAAUACAAAAUCCGCUCUAACAACCACAACGCUCUUCUAGCCCGUCUCAAGUCUGUCAACCAGGCCAUCCAGCGAGCCGGUAGACUCAGAGUGGGAAAACCCAAGAACCAGGUGAUUGCCGCCUGCCGGGAUGCCAUCAAGAGCAAUAACGUCAAUGGUCUCUUCAGGAUCAUGAGGGCUGGUGCAGCUUCUUCUUGAGGCCGAUGGGAGGACAUUAUGCAGGAAGUCACCAGUAAAACUGACUGAUGCGUGCUGUAAAGAAAAAGUGGCACACAUGAAAAAUGUGUAUAACAUUGUAGAAGUCUGGAAAAAAAACUGUCUCAGCCUUAAAUUUAAUGAAGCGAAAACCUGGAAGCAAAGCUGGAGACCACCUUCAUGAAAUGUGAACCUUCAGAGAGGAGAAAUGAGAAGAGACAGAGCUUUAGUUCAGCUAUGUUGCUGGUUAGACGGGCUUGAUUUAGUGCAGCACAGUUUACCACAAUCUAAGCUCCCUCAGUUCAGUCUGCCUGCAUCUUUAGUUUGGGGUUUGAUGCUGAAUAAUGUAGGUUAGUGUCUUUUUUUUGUUGCAGCCUAUGUUGUGCAUGCGUCUAAAAAUGUUUAAAAUUCAGGAAAAACCACUGAAACAUUUUGACCAAAUGACUGUGCUGGAGCUGCUUCCUGGUUAAGUGCAGCUAAAACGGUGAGGUUUGGAGGGAGGACAGCCAAGGAGGGACACGAGAGGACAGACAAGGCGGGACACAGAGCAGCUUCAGAGUCCCUGUUGGUUCUAAGGGUUCAGCUCUCAGUUUUGUUUUUAGCCAAAGACAAAUCUGUUCAAUUUCUGUUUUAAAAAGCACUUGUGGUUGUGUGUGUUUAUUUUGUUUACCUUUUAUAGAUUGUGAUUUUGUGAUUGUUACAGCAUUUGUUUAAUAUAUAAUAAAGAUUUAAAUUGUUUUCAUCAUCUGGUUGGGUCAUCAGAAAAAUGAAUUGGCUUUUUUUAUGUUGUUUUUGUAUGUUUUUAGUUUCUUGUUCUGAUCAACAGUUCC